CAAGAUAGUGCUGCCAAGUCCACAAUCUAUAAUUUUGACGUUUAAUUGAAAAGCAAAAUAAACAGAAAUUUCUUACACUCGUAAUUGGAUAAAUAUAAAUUAUAAUGGAUCAUUUCCAGUUGCAAGAUGAAGUGCAGGCACUGCAAAAAUUGAGGGAGCACUAUGAGCAUCAGCUGCGUCUUGUGGGACUGGAACUCUGCGACCUGCCUGAUGAUGUUUGUAAUUUAUUAGAAGAAUGUGCAGAAUUGCAGAAGGUCACACAGCUGCAUGACUUACACUUGGAAUAUCUGAAAGAAUUUUAUUACGUGAAAUUGAAAGAGCAUUUAGAAAAUGGUAUAACCAUCGCUAAAAUGCAAUCAGAAAUCAAGGAACAAGAACAACAACUGCAAAAAGAAAUAGCGGAAUGCAAUUUACUUGAAAAGUUUAUAACAUCUGUCAAUAAGCGACUGAUAUCCGAAUCAGAAAUGCAGCGUAAUAAAAUUAUGAUUGAGGGCAAAAUACAAAAUUUGCAAGAAAGACAGGGCGGAUUCAAUGUUCCUGAUGAUUUAAAUAUAGAUGAACUUGUGAAAAAAGUGGAACGAUUAGAGAAACUCAAGCAAAAGGAAAAAUAAUUUUCGUUAUAUUUACAUUCCUAGAGCAAGUGCAAAUGAAUAAUUUAAUUACAAGUUGUUAAACCUCACAAAUUUUCAACAAUCUAUACACAAUUAAAUUAUUAAAUAUCUGAAAUUUUAUAAUUUGUAAAGCUGUAAGCAUUUAUAAAUAUAUUUAAAAAAUAUCGACAUUGACUAAAUUGCUAAUGUCGACUUUAAAACACUG